UUAUCCAGUGGGACGGCAAAGGGUCACUCUAAAAAUUGCUGCAGCCGGGUCUUGUCAGGUGGCUGCUGGUGGCUCCCCACCGGAGUUUCCUUCUCCCUUUCUCUGUCUCCACAGAUCCCUUCCCAAGAGGAGUCUCCUGCUAAAACUUCAUCGUCUCAAGUUGACCUGCCACUUCACCCAAGGAGGCACUGUGCUGCCCACACCAAGAUGGAUAUCUGAUAACUGCUUGCUGACAAAUAUUCAAAAGUUUCUCCCAGAAAAUCCAACAAAGAGGCACUCAACACAUAAGUUAAUGCAUUUGAGCAUUGAAAUGAUAGAGGGUUCAUAAUCUAUUUUCACAAGCAAGCUCUUGCCUGUGACAGUGUAUUUGCCAACAUGGCACCCAAAAAGAAGAUUGUCAAAAAGAACAAAGCAGAUAUCAAUGAGAUGACUAUAAUCGUAGAAGAUAGCCCCCUAAACAAACUGAAUGCUUUGAAUGGGCUCCUAGAGGGAGGCAAUGGACUUAGCUGCAUUUCUUCUGAACUAACAGAUGCUUCUUAUGGCCCCAACCUCUUGGAAGGUUUAAGUAAAAUGCGGCAGGAGAACUUCCUAUGUGACUUAGUCAUUGGUACCAAAACCAAAUCCUUUGAUGUUCAUAAGUCAGUGAUGGCUUCAUGCAGUGAGUAUUUUUACAACAUUCUAAAAAAAGACCCGUCAACUCAGAGGGUAGAUCUCAAUGAUAUCUCACCACUAGGCCUGGCCACUGUCAUUGCAUAUGCCUACACUGGAAAGCUCACUCUCUCCUUGUAUACAAUAGGAAGCAUUAUUUCUGCCGCUGUUUAUCUUCAGAUCCAUACUCUUGUAAAGAUGUGCAGUGAUUUUCUGAUACAGGAGAUGAGUGUUGAGAAUUGCAUGUAUGUUGUUAAUAUUGCUGAAACAUACUCCCUAAAAAAUGCAAAAGCAGCAGCCCAGAAAUUUAUUCGGGAUAACUUCCUUGAAUUUGCAGAAUCGGAUCAGUUUAUGAAACUUACAUUUGAACAAAUUAAUGAACUUCUUAUAGAUGAUGACUUACAGUUGCCUUCUGAGAUAGUAGCAUUCCAGAUCGCAAUGAAAUGGUUAGAAUUUGACCAAAAGAGAGUAAAAUACGCUGCAGAUCUUUUGAGCAAUAUUCGCUUUGGUACCAUCUCUGCACAAGACCUGGUCAAUUAUGUUCAAUCCGUACCAAGAAUGAUGCAAGAUGCUGAUUGUCACAGACUUCUCGUAGAUGCUAUGAACUACCACUUGCUUCCAUAUCAUCAAAACACAUUGCAAUCUAGGCGAACAAGAAUCCGAGGCGGCUGCCGAGUCCUCGUCACUGUUGGGGGACGCCCAGGCCUUACUGAGAAGUCCCUUAGCAGAGACAUCUUGUAUAGAGACCCUGAAAAUGGAUGGAGCAAGCUUACGGAAAUGCCAGCCAAAAGUUUUAAUCAGUGUGUGGCUGUGAUGGAUGGAUUUCUUUAUGUAGCUGGUGGUGAAGACCAGAAUGAUGCAAGAAAUCAAGCCAAGCAUGCAGUCAGCAAUUUCUGCAGAUACGAUCCCCGCUUCAACACCUGGAUACACCUGGCCAACAUGAACCAGAAGCGCACGCACUUCAGCCUGAGCGUGUUCAACGGGCUCCUGUACGCCGCGGGCGGCCGCAACGCAGAAGGAAGCCUGGCCUCGCUGGAGUGCUACGUGCCCUCCACCAAUCAGUGGCAGCCGAAGACGCCCCUGGAGGUGGCGCGCUGCUGCCACGCCAGCGCGGUGGCCGACGGCCGCGUGCUGGUGACCGGAGGCUACAUCGCCAACGCCUACUCGCGCUCUGUGUGCGCCUACGACCCGGCCAGCGACUCGUGGCAGGAGCUGCCGAACCUGAGCACACCCCGGGGCUGGCACUGCGCGGUCACGCUGAGCGACAGAGUGUACGUGAUGGGCGGCAGCCAGCUGGGGCCGCGCGGGGAGCGCGUGGACGUGCUCACCGUGGAGUGCUACAGCCCCGCGACCGGCCAGUGGAGCUACGCGGCGCCGCUGCAGGAAGUUGAAGAUAUUCAUAUAGAUUUUAUUUAUUUAAAAAUGGAAAUUGUCGAUCUCCAAUAAAGACUUAAGAUUUAAUUCUGUAUUUCAACGCAAUUUUCCCCCCGUAUGUGAUUGAGGAAAGGAUUUUGAAAGAUAUCCCAUGACAACGUAAUAAAGCUUAAAACAAGAUCUGACCGAAAGGAACAGGGACCCUAAAGUUGAUAACCUUUGUAUUAGCGGACAUUCCUCUUCCUCCAUGCCUCAGCCCCAGUUUAUUUUCUACCAUAAAAUCAUGUUCUCAAUGAAGUAAUUGAUAUGAGUCAUUUAAUUUAUAGCAUAAAUUUAAGUCAUUUGGUUGUUUCAAGCAGAAGGAUUUGCAUUUUAUCCCUUGUCCUCUAUUAAAGAAGAAUUUCACGUACCCUGGGAGGCUUACCGUCACCUAAAAACUACACAAACCCGGUUAAAGGCAGCCUUGGCCCUAAUGUACACUCUGCGAAGAUCACCAAAUAAAACUAUGUCCCUAAGGACCAUUAGCCUUAAGCUUAGAGAGCUUGAAGUUUAUACAACCAAUAACAAUAAUUUUAUUUGUCCCAAUCCUUUAUAUGAUAAGAAUGAAAGAAACAUUUGGAAUUUGUAGAUUUGGUAGUAACUGGAUGAAUGGGUUCUCCUGUUGAUAAAUGCCACUGUUUCGCAUUUAAUAUGAAUCCUCCUGAUUUCUUAAGUAAAAAUCAAACACUCAUCUCACAUAUAUAAAAAUAUAUACUCAUUCUGUCCUAUUUUUAUUAAUCUCAUCUGCUCCAAAUGAGCUUUGGAUUUAUAAUCAAAGUAUACCCACUUGAUAGCAUUUUUCUUAUAUGUUUGCCAAGUUUUGGGGAAAGGGAAUGACUGUAGUAAAUGAUACAUAUUUUCCUUUUUUAUAAUUUAUCACUUUAUUCUUUGACAGUAUAUUUGUUUUGGAGAGGAAGCGGCCUAUCAAUUAUGGGUUAUGUGCAAUUGGAUUUUGAAAACUAAAACAAGCUAUUUAGGAAUUGAACAUGAGAUAUAUGGAAAUAUAAUUCGGUUUUUGUUAAUCUCAUCCUCUCCACCUUGUGUAGAUAGGUUAUUGCUAGUUAUGAUAUUUAUUUCUAAAACAUGUUAUUUGAACUGUGAAAAAUGGUUCAUAUAGUACACUUUGUGGAACAAUUUUAUAUCAUUGCCCCUUAUGAAAAGUUCAAUCUCUGGGUAUUUAAUGAUAACACUCAGGUAAGGGCUACAAACGCUGUAAAUUAAGAACAAGAUAUUAUUAACGUAAAAGCACUGGGCUGUUUCGUUAUCCCACACAAAGAAUCUUUUACCUUGGUAUAUGUGCAUAUGGUAUAUUACCUUGGUGUAUGUGUAUGUGUAUAUGCACACACUCAUACAACUGAGAAGCCUACAGUAUAUGGUUAAUUUUUAGAGAAAAGGGUGUUUUAUUGUGGGUUACAGAUCAUAAGUGAGUGAAUAGAUGUAAUUCCUUGAUGCACACUAACAGAUGUGUUCCCAUUGACAUCUUAGAAGUAUUGUAUGAAGAGGAGGACCUAGGGCUUGAAAUGAAAUGAGAAUCAAUCAAUUGUAACAUUACAUGAUGGAAUAAUGAGAAGAGAUACUGAAACUAGAGGAUUUUUCAUCUAUCAAAGCUUGAUAAAAUAGGUUGUGCAAAAACUUGGCAGUGGCUUUCUAGAGAUGAAACUGGAGACAUGUUAGAGCUGGAUAAAUCAUUUAAAAUUACCAUUUAACUUAUUUUCUGCAUUGUUUAUCUGAAGACUCAGAAAAUCCACAUAUUUGAGCUUACCAGACUCUUGGGUGCAUUGUUGUUCUAUCUUCUGCUUCAACAGUUAGGAAAAUAAAGACCAAUAUGAAUUUGGAAUGUCGGAAUUUCUGACAUACCAUAUUGGUGAGGAGUAUGGAAUGUGAGGGUCCGUGAAAGUUUCGUAUCCUGGAACAUCUUGCAUUGCCAACUGAAAGACAUAAAAGUAUGCAGAAUCAAAAUUAUGUGUGUCCACUUUCAUGUGUAAGUAAAACACAUUCUUUAAACCAACUGUUGAAGCAGUUGCUCCUAGAAACCUAGUUUCUCCAGAUUUCCCGAGUGGAAAAUAUUUAGUAUGUUUUAAGCUUACAUUCAAUUACUCUCCAGAGUCUUAGGACCCAACCAUAUACUUCCUUUUAUUUUUUAUUAAAGAAAAUGACUUGUUAUUUUUCUAACGGCUGAGUCCUGUGAUGAAAUAAAAGCAUCAGUUCAACGUAUCAGAGAAAUUGCAUGUUACCCAGCAGGUGAAAUAAUAAAAUUCAAGCUCUCUUUUUCUAAAUGGGGCAGAGACCUGAUGAGAAAGUCUCCAGGAAGCCAAAGUUUAACAUAGUUUGUCCAUUUUUAGUUAGGUUCUUGGUGCCAAGUUGUCAUCCCUGAUGCAUUAGUUGCUUUCAGUGCAUUCAAUGAAUUUUAUUUUUACUUCCUAUGUUGUUAAGAAUGGUUUUGAAUAGAAGGUCAGUGAUGGUACAGAUUCGUAUAAUUUUAAAACAUGAUUAGAUGGUAGUGAUGUGUUAUGAGUGAGGAGGUAUAAUUGAUGUCAUAAGGAAGUGAGUACUGAAUGGUUCUAUGAUUUAAGGUACAGCAGCAGUUGUAGUAAGUGUAUUUUACAAAUACACAUGUAAAUAGAGGUUUACCUGGAAAUAUGUACGUUCUAAAAGGUCAAUUUUUUAAUGUUUUUUUUUUUUGCUGGUUAUCCUGGCCAAGCAUCUUCAGAACUCAUCCAAGUUACUAGACAAAAUAAACUAAAAUCACCUCAUUAACUUUUUCCCUUAGUUACAACGAAAUGAAUUUAUGUAAUCUCUGAACGAACUAGAUCCCUAUUCCAGCCACUGAUAAAUAUGUUCUCCAGCACAAGGCAGCAUUAAAAGGAAUUACUUUUCAGUAUUUCUUUUCAUGGCAAAAAACCUACAGAAUAAUUUUCCAAACAGUCCUUUAUUCAUAAUUAUAAGAAUUAAACACUCUAAAAUAUUAAAGAUUUACCCUCCAGCACAUUCAAUGGGUAAAGACCAUUUAAUUUGCCCUCUCGAAUUUGAAAUCAAUUAUUUGUCCUGGAUAUUCUUUUAAAACUUUUUAUUUAUUCAGCAAAUAUUCUCAAAAAAAUUUCUUUGUUUGCUUAAAACAUUCUGGUACUAUAUAAGGAAAAACAAACUAAAAUGUAUGCAGUGUUAUUUUGUAAUCUCAUCACUAUCAAUAAAGCUGCAUUCAAUAAGGCCUUAGUCAAUGACUAAAUAUGGGCAGUUUUGAAAUAUCCUUUCUCUGAUGAUUGGGGUGUUUGUUUUUUUCUCUACUUAGUUUUCGGGAUGAUUCACCUAGACAAAACAACAGCAAAUGACAAGUAAUUGAAAAAAUGUUUCAACAGCUUGAAGACUAGUGAAAUAAAAAGGUAUAAAACAUCAAUAGAGACUUGCUUUGUAACUCAAAGAAAAGCCCAACUCUGGUCUAGCUCAGCCAUGACUACUUAGAAGUUGUAGGUUAAGUGUGGUUUCUCUUCCUGUUUCCACCCUGACCACAGCCAGCUUGUCACAGGUGCAUCAUCAUUUGCAACAAAACGUUUUAGGAAAUAAAAUCCCAUUGUUGUGUAGACAAUCUCUUACAGCCUUUUCUUCUACCUUACCCCUCCAAAUGAGUAAGUAAAAUGUAACCAACAUAAAUGCUCAACCUUUGAUCUAAUUUAGUACUUAAAUAAUAACAUUCAGUUGAGGCCAUCAAAUCUAGGAAAUUCUAAAUGGCAGCAAUGCUUUUCUUAAACUUCUCCAAGCCCUAUAAUCAUAUAAAUAGACUAGACCAGCCUCAAACACAAAACAACUGGUGCCACAGUCCAAAUUUUGAGCAGACCAGCCAGAUGCCUCAGAGUUUCUUUGCGUUUUCUUUAAACUCCCACAUUACUCCAAGCUUCCCUACAGAUUUGUACGGCCUCCCACAACAGUCUUGGGGAUGUCUCCACUCUCAAUUACAGUGGGAAACUAAGCAGGAUCUUUUUUUGCUAGGCCAGGUGUAGACAUGAUGUAUGCCCUCUCCAGGCUUCAGCACUGUGCUGAAUUCUGUCUACAUCUCUUUGGCCAGAACAGCCAUCUGGCCUACUUAGAUGAAAGGGAGCUAAGAAAAAGGUCUUCAUGUCCAGGAGGAAAAGUAAAGUUUUCAUAUAGCAUUGUCUCUUCACAAUGAAUGGCUAGUCAUCUUCAUACCUGGUUACCAAGGGAGCAAAGAGCUUCCCAGUCAAACUUCCUCCCCUCAGCCACACUGCUCUGGCUCUGAUCACACCAUAACAAUGCUAUCCUCUUCCUUUCCUGGGUCACAAGACAUGUACUCAGCUCCCCUAUUAUACCUUGCGUUUUUCCUUCUGAAGAACAAGCCCAGACAACUCCUGCAGCCUUUUCUCAAUUCACUGCCCUUACAGGUCAAGAGCAUGUAUUAAAUGUAUUCUGCCAGCCUUGAGUGUCUGCACAAAUCUCGUUCCCAACAGCCAUCAAAUAAACCCAUUUAACGUUAAGAAUUGCCCUCCUCACCCCUCCCUCCCUGGGUCUCCUUGUUCUUCUCUUUCUGGAAUCAUCUUAAUUCUUCUUGAUCUAACCUCUUCUAAAAGAAUGUUGAGUGAAAAUGAUUCAUCUGUGACUUAAUUCCUGCCACUCUAGCCAUACUAGCAGGUUCCCAAUAUAUGACAAUUUGGGGAGAAGAGAACACCUGUAGAGUCUAAACGAAGACAUACACGCAUCUGUUCUUAAUCCCCAUUAACAGCAGAGGAUUCCUGAAAGAAAGAGGGGGAAGGAAGCUAAAUGGUGGUAAUCAGUCUCUCAAGUUUUAUUCUGCAAUAUUAAUGAAACGUUUCCAUUUAUUGCAGAGUUCCAAACUGAAAAAUGCUUUAUUUCAUUACAAUUCUGCAUAUAAGUAGCAAAGAAAAUUCUGUAUGCCAAAAGAAUCCUUUGUUGUUUAACAAAUGUUCAUUAGACAUAAUUAUAUCCCAGCCUCAUGCCCCUGAUCCUAUUCUGGCUUUCUCUGCCCUGCUCUGCGCUCCGUCCCCUAGUGACUACAUCAUCCAGACUCAGGCUCUUUGGCUGAACAUUUUAUUCAUCCAAUGGGAGGUAUCAGAAGGAGGUCAGAGGGCAGAAGCAAGUGGUUGGGAUAUUUUUUUCUGCCCUCUUCAGGCUUCAGCACUGUGCUUCUGGCCUAGGCUGUAACUCUCAACAACUCCAGCCCAGUGGCCUUUCCUCCCUGGUUCAAAUCUCACCGUGCUUACGUGCCAUCAUAGCUUACCAUCUCUGGAUAUUUUCCUGUUGAUUUAUGUUCUGCCAUCCCUUUUAGAAUAUAAUCCUUAAAGGUGAAAAUUUAGUCUCAUUCACAGAUGUACCUCCAGUGUCUAGAGUCAUGCCUGGUGUAUAGCAGGAGAUCAAUUUUUUGUGUGUGAAGUAAAUAAGUGAAUGAGUGAA